CAGCCAAUCACCAGGGAGCAAGUAUUGACGACCACACCAGUUUCACUUCCCGUUGCAGGGAGGAGCUGCAACUUAUCUUCGUGGAUAUAAACACGAAUCACGGCACUUUGGUCUGAUUAAUCCUCGUCGUUGCUGACCAGGAUGAUUGACGUUCGGGCGUGGGCAGAGUAUGUUGUGGAGUGGGCUGCCAAGGACCCCUAUGGUUUCCUCACCACUGUCAUACUGGCUCUCACACCUCUUUUCAUUGCCAGUGCACUGCUGUCCUGGAAACUAGCCAAGAUGAUUGAGGCACGUGACCGGGAACAGAAGAAAAAGCAGAAACGUCAGGAAAACAUAGCCAAGGCAAAGAGGACCAAGAAAGACUGAGCCUGUGAGGGUACGAUGAGGGCAUAAAAAAGGAGGAGCAACCACAACGCUCAUAGCCCUCCUUAUUCUAAAUAAUGACAGUGCCCUUCCUUGUCCCAGCCCUACCGUCAGCAUGGAGCCACCACGCCUCAUGCCCGGGGUAGGAGGAGGGACACUGGCCCCACAGGACUAACAGUGCUGAAACGGACAGUACUGCCCGGAGGAGGCUCGUCUCAGUGGGACUUUGGUCAGCAAGUGCACAGUGGUCAUUUGUAUGAUGUUUUUAUACAGAGAUCUGCUGAUGAUAUUGUGCAGCUGUUGCAACACCUUGCAUUCCAUUGUUAGCAUCCCUGUUCUGCUGAAUUGACGAUGUAAUGAGCAUACUGGACCUUUUUCUCCAAGUUACUUGCAAAAUAUCCAAAUUAUGACUUUCUAAUCAAUAAAGUUUUCAUGGUUGAUAAGAAACUGUAAUUUCCUCUUUGAAUUUAACAGGAUCAUAAGUGCUUUUAAUUCAGUGCACAUAAAAAGUAUUCACCCUCUUAUGUUUCAUUAUAUUGUAACACUGAACCAGAGUGCAUGUAAUUAGGCUUUUAUGUACUGAUUGACAGAAAUGACUUUUAAAGUCAGAGACUAAACAAACUUGUCAUUUGUGAAAAUAAAAAAUAAAAACUACAGCAUGGAGACAGUGGAAAAUCCAAACAAUGCAGAGGAAGGAUGGAAAAAAAUUGCCAAGUCACUGAAUAUUGAUCAUAGGAAGGCCAGUCAUAAAAACAGAAAAAAUCUGUAACGGCUGUAAGAGACCAACUUGCUGCCAAAGGUGCCUGUUUUUAAUAUUGACUUGGAAGGGAGUAAACUGGGAUUAUUUUGGUUUUACUGUUAUGCAAACAAUUAUUGUGUGUUUUAUACGCUUUAUGUUCUUAACUUAGAUCUAUUUGUAUUCAUUUUCUGUUUAUUAGUUUAAAAAAUGAAUUGCGUUCACUGGGACUCAGUGUUGAAAAAUAAAAUAUUCAAAAGUC